UUGAGCUUUUUGGGACAUGUUGCUCAUGCAUCCUCAGGAUCUCUAGGUAUACCCAGCCAUCCGUGGCGAAGGCGGAUCCAGAGGUGGCCACGGAUGAGCAGCAAGAAAAGAUGCAACCAAACCCACCUUCGCCGUCUUCCACAUUGAAGAGUGGGCCACAUUUAACUACCAAAGCCAACGACGAACAGGAACAGCAGGAAACUGUGAAAGGUUAUCCGAGCAGUUCCCCUCAUGUUGCGGACAAGAACGUUACUUCCGAUUCGCACGCACAAUGGCCAACUGAAGGCUUCAAGGAGAUGCACUUAUCAGGACAUGAGCCUAGGUAUUUUCCGGGCAUGAUGGCACGGGCAUCUAGGCGGGACAGCAUGCGGCAGGGUUCGAUGCAUGAGUCGGACGACGUGGGUUCGACGCGCAGCGCCCCUAAGAAGGGUGGUGCGAGAGAGGAACCAUCUUAGUCGGACGACCCUUGCUCGGCAUGGAAGUGGUUUAUGGUGCAAAAUUUUGAUUCGGAUAGGGUCAAAGUCAACGUGAACGUGAACGAACUCCACGACAGGUACUUGCAGACUGGUGCUUUUGAUAGAAUGAACAGUACAUGACCCAUGUUCCCAAGUGCGAAAGGCUAUUUCAACGUCAUAUGUUGUGCUGUCGGUCACGUUUGAAUUAGAUUCAAGUGCUUAGUUGCUUAACCUAGUGUAUCGAGGCAGUCUAAGCAAUCGAGGUUCCGGAGCCCUCGGUGACAUCAUGUAAGGGAUUCGGGGAGUCCGGUGUUGGGAAUCCACUUCUUCCGGAAGGAAAAAGCUCAGCUAAGCUCCAAGAGAAUUAGA